AAAUAAGAGCGCAGGAGCCCGAUGCAGUGUACACAUGGCAUCAGUGCGCGUAACCACGCCGCGCCGGUCGGUUGGAGCGUUUUGGUAAACCCGCUACUUCGAUGAGCAACGGACGAGAGAAGGGCACGGUACACGAUUCUCCCAUCGGACUAUGCCUUUCCCAACUCGGGAGGAAAGCAAAGGGGAGACCGGACAGGCGAAGGACGGAGCAGCGGAGAGCGGCGACGACGCAGGCGGACGGGUCGUGUGCGCUCUGGAGAUGGAGAUGACAAACCGCAGCCUGCUCGGCGACUCCAAGGUGGAUUAUGUCAAAAACUGCGAUGGCUUGGUCAGUCAAAAUUGCAGGGACUCGGCCCAAGUGUCCGUGCCACUUCCCGGGAAGCGGACAACUCACAUGGAGGGAGACGACCUGUACAGGCUGCGAGACAGAAAGUUGUUAUUAGAGGACAGAAAGCGUCUGUGCGCAUUGGCGCUGGGCAGCGCUCUGCUCGGGAUACUGCUCAUGAUAAUCCACGCCGAAAUGUGUCCCAUUGUUUAUAAACCGGGCUCAAAUACCGCCUUAGUCAUCAACUCUUCCAUCAGCCUGUCCACUGGGUGUCUCCUGAUCCUCAUUAUAGCUUUCCAUUAUAAAGACAUCAGGCUGUUUAUCAUUGACAACCACAACCACGUGGACUGGCGUACCGCCAUGACCAGCCACAGGAUCCUUGUGAUCACCUUGGAGCUGCUGGUCUGCGCCAUCCAUCCUGUCGGAUCAUACUGGGAGGAGGGUCCGCCCGGCAACUCCUCUUCCUCGGCUCAGCUCUGUGUUUCCAGUCACCACGGCGAGGCCAUGUUGAGCAUGGAGCUGCUGUUGUCAUUGCUGAUGUUCCUGCGGUUGUACUUGGUGCACAGAGCCAUCCUGCUGCACAGCAAAGUGCUGCUGAGCGCCUCCUACAGGAGCAUCGGCUCACUCAACAAUAUCAACUUCACCUGUCGCUUUGUUCUCAAGGUACUGAUGAACCAGCACCCAGGACGCGCACUGCUGGUCUUCAUCCUGUUCUUCUGGCUCACUGCGUCCUGGAUGCUUACUCUGUGUGAGAGGCAGACCCAAGCCUCCACAGGUCACAUGGAAACAGCUCUGUGGCUCAUAGCGAUCACCUUCCUCACGGUGGGCUACGGGGACGUGGCACCAAACACCAGCUGUGGCAAGGCAGUGUGUCUCUUCACCGGCGUCAUGGGUGUAGCCUGCACUGCCAUGCUGGUAGCAAUCGUAACAGAGAAGCUGGCGCUGAACAAAGGAGAGAAACACGUGCACUUCUUCAUGCUGAACAUCCAGAUCUCCAAAAGGAUCCGCCACGCAGCUGCUAAUGUGCUAAGAGAAUGCUGGCUCCUGCAGCGCACAAACCUGGCAAAGGGCAACCGCGAGGAGCACCGGAGACACCAGAGAUGCCUUCUGGAAGCCAUCAAAGUAUUUCGUCAAUUACGCCUCAAACAAAGAAAACUGAGAGAUUACGUCAGCCAGAUGGUGGACCUCCCGAAGAUGCAGAUGAUCAUGUGCGACCUCAGCGCCGACUGGAACAACUCCUACCGCGAGCUGGAGCAGCGCAUCCUCUCCAUGGAGCAGAAGCUGGACGAGCUGAGUCGCUGCUUCCAACAGAGCUCUGAGCUGCUGUCUCAGGUCCUACGACACCGCAACCCAGAAAUUAGGUGACAUGGCUGCACGCACUUGUUGAAGCGUCUGCAGUGUUUUCAUCUACAGUAUCCACCAAUCCUCUCCACCCAGAGCUGCUUCAGAUCCUUAACAUGCUGAACCACUUGGAGGACUGGCAUACCUACUAAAGAUCUCAUCUUCUGGCCCAGCGCUGAGUGCACUGCACAAUGACUCACUGCUGUAAAAUUAUACAGAUAAAAUAAGACUUCCAUUCACUGUGGGAAAAUCACUGCAGUUUGAGAAAUCUGUUGAGUUUUCAGCAGACGCGUUUGUGACGGUGCACAAAUUCAACUCAAACGAGGACUGUGGAGAAUCUUGUUCUCCACAAUAACAAAGGAUCUCCAAACUGCUAUUUGUAAAAUUGUAUUGAUGAACUCUAUUAUUGCCUUAUUCCUGUGGAAUAAGAUAUACAUACUGUAUAUUUCACAUGUUAAUUUUAUUUUCUUUUUUCAAUCUUAGCCCAAUCAGCUCUAGAAAACACCUCAUAAAUCAUUUUUCCCCCAUUAACAGACAGUUGACCAAGUUGAUUAUUGUUUGAAGACAGGCCGAUGAAACGUAACACAGUGCCUCCUGAAUAUUCUGCUUUCCCGCAGCCUUCCAAGUGAAAUAUGAAUGAAAUUGUGUGUUUUGACGAUCAGUGGAGAGAAGAAACUAAUUGUCGAUUCAGAUAUUGUGGAGAGGAAACUUUAUUUCAAAUUGUUAAGUCCGUGGGAUUAUCUUGGCUUUCAACUACAGCUCCUAGAAUAACGUGUACAUUUUGGGUUGUAAUCAUCUGAUGUAGGAAAAGCAUCCCGCAGUUUACACCUGCUCUGAGAACAAUUAAACCUGAGCUCAAGUUGCUUCGUUAGCUCAUCAUUCGGCAACCCGACUGCUCCAUCUAGUGGACAAGAGUUUGGGAAACAAAUUAUGUGGGGCUAUUAAAGUUAAAAUAAUGAUGAUUAUAUAACAACCAUUAAAAAAGUCCUAUGCUAUUUUCAACCUGAAUAUCAAGACCUCUUCGGUGUCUCAAAGGAGCACAAAGUCUGCAUUGGCUAAACUAAAAGCAGAAAACAGGAGGACUCCGACUUCCGUGUAAACUUCACUGAUAAAAAUGCACUUUGUGACGAAACAAUUGCAAAACUGGACUUACUUUUUCUCUGGAGGAUAAACUGGAGUUUUGAUGUGUUUUAACUGAAUCCAAUACUGAAAACAGUUCCCUGUGGGUUCAUUUGUACUCAAAAGAACGUACAAGGAACUUACUCUAACCCUGUUUACUAUGUAUCAUUUGCACAUGGUGAAAACAACCACCCAGGACAUGCUUAGAAUCCAAAGCCAUUAAGAAUGAAUGUGUUUUUGCUUUGAUUUUGUCUCUUGGUAACAUGAAUUAAACAAAACAGUGACAACCUGA